CGCAUCCCGCAUCAUCCGCCCCGCAUCCCGGCCCAGACCGGAGCCGGUGCCGACCCCCCCCCCAGGGAGGCUGCGCUCUCCGGAGGACCAGGGACCUCCAUCCUCCAUCCCUCCAUCUCCCAUCCCUCCAUCCCUCCAGUCACAACACGGAAAUAACCGGACCAGGAUCCGGGAGGAGGUUCGGAGGGCCUGAUGGAAGCUGCGCCACAUCUGGACCUGCCGCGUCCUGAUCCCGGUGUCGGUCCGGUGUGAAGGGCUGGGGUUGAUCAGUACCAGAACCUGGUCCUGGUGCUGGUGGGGAGUGUGAGGGAGCAGGCGGGUCCGGGUCCUCCUCCCCCCGGGUCUGGAUUAAAGCCCAUCAGCAUCAUGAAUCACCUCUAAUCCGGGUUCCAUCGAGCUGGAUUUAAAUCUGAGAUCUGAUCUGGAUUACAGCGCUGCUGCUGGUUCCGACCCGGUCUGAACCCGGUCCUGGUGGGAGCUCGGUCCUGCUGACACCAUGCCGACGUCCCGGCCCGGGUCGGAGCCGGCGGAGUUCUGGGUGGACGGGUCGCGGCGGGACGGGACGGUGGAGGACUUCUACUCCCUGAGCGCAGAGCUGGGCAGAGGAGCAACAUCUGUGGUUUACCGCUGCGAGGAGAAACAGACCCAGAAACCCUACGCCGUCAAAGUCCUCAAGAAGACGAUCGACAAGAAAAUCGUCCGCACUGAAAUCGGUGUCCUGCUGCGUCUCUCCCAUCCAAACAUCAUUCAGCUGAAGGAGAUCUUCGAGACGGACACGGACAUCGCGCUGGUGCUGGAGCUGGUGACCGGCGGGGAGCUGUUCGACCGGAUCGUGGAGCGAGGUUACUACAGCGAGAGGGACGCAGCUCACGUCAUCAAGCAGAUCCUGGAGGCCGUGGCGUAUUUACACGAGAACGGCGUUGUGCACCGCGACCUGAAGCCGGAGAACCUGCUGUACGCCGACCUCACGCUGGACGCUCCUCUGAAGAUAGCCGACUUCGGUCUCUCCAAGAUCAUCGACGAGCAGGUGACCAUGAAGACGGUCUGCGGUACUCCAGGAUACUGCGCUCCGGAGAUCCUGCGGGGGAACGCCUACGGCCCCGAGGUGGACAUGUGGUCCGUGGGCGUCAUCCUCUACAUCCUGCUCUGUGGAUUUGAACCUUUCUUUGACCCGAGAGGGGAUCAGUACAUGUACAGCCGCAUCCUCAACUGCGACUACGAGUUUGUGUCUCCGUGGUGGGACGAGGUUUCCCUCAACGCCAAGGACCUGGUCAGUAAGCUGAUCGUCCUCGACCCUCACAAGCGCCUCAGUGUCCGGGAGGCUCUGCAGCACCCGUGGGUUCUGGGUAAAGCUGCGCGCUUUUCACACAUGGACACCACGCAGAGGAAGCUGCAGGAGUUCAACGCUCGCCGCAAACUUAAGGCUGCCAUGAAGGCCGUUGUGGCCACCAGUCGGAUGCACGAGGGCUCGCGGCGUCGCACCGACAGCUGUGAGAUCCCCGGCUCCGGGACGUCCAGGCAGAGCAGCAUCCAGGACGGCCCCCCCGAGUCUGCGGGCUCCGCCCCCGAAGACAAGGAUGCGCCGUCGCCGGACCAACAGGUGCCGCAGAAGGUCGAGUCCAAGCCCGUGGACCAGAGCGGCCUCAGCCCCUCCCCUCCAUGUAGUCCCACCCCCUCCCGAAUCGAAGCCACGCCCACAGGCUCCGCCCCCACCAGGCCGCCGCUGCGCGCCGACGGGCUCCGACAGGCGUCAGUCAUCCCCCAGACCAUGCUGGUCCAACCCCGGCUGCCGCAGAAGAGCUGCUCCGUCAUAGGCUCCGCCUCCAGGGUAGAAGCCACGCCCCCUUCAGGCAGCCUCAGCAAUGGCUUCACGGCAGGGGCGGAGCCUAGCAGCGGGACCUCCCACUGUCAGUGAGCACCUGACAGAGCUGAGACGCUCCGCUGGCUUCAGUAUUACCAUGACCCCCCACCACACUCUCAAAAUCGCACUAUUCUUCCAUCACUUCCUAACAGACGUCAUGUUCAACUUCCUUGAACCAAAUUACACCAGAAACAGAAGAAAAUGGACUGAACCAAUCUCAUCACUACACCGGGUUCUGUAGCUCAGAUAGCUGCUCACUUUAACUUAGGGACUCUGAAAAGGGCCAGUUAAGACUUUGUGAGCUGUCAAUCAAGCAGAGCUGCUCUACAGGACUCCCAGAACCGAAGUAAAGCUGGAAAUGGGCCCGACGGGUUACCUGCCAAGAUACUGUAACAUCCUCCCCUAGAUGGAUGAGCGGUGACUCAGCUGCACUCAGAGAGCCAGGAAAGUCCUGUAAACACAUGUACCCAGCAUGUGGGUGGUAAAAGGCUGUCUGAGUGUUUUGCUCCAGCAGAAAUGACAAUAAUGCAAACUAAUGGAUCAACUUGGACUGCAGGCCUCUGGAUUUAUUAAACCUGAAGUGUUCGCCGGCCGUUCCUCUUCAAGCCCAGUGAUUUUUCCCUUUAUUUGGAAGUGAUUUCCAUCUGACCAUGAAACUGGACCCCAACCCUCUGAGAACAUUCAGCUUGGUGUGUAGUUUACUUUGAAGGAACAGUUCUACAUUUGGCACCGUACACUUGUUCAGUUACACAUUUCUGAUGGUGAAACAUUCGCUCUUGUGUGUUAAGAGGAGAAGUGGAGUCAGGUGGAAACAGGAAGCUCUAACCACAUCUGAACUAGUCUCCCUGAGAGGGGGAGGUGGGUUCUAGAGCCAUGUUACGUGUUGAGUUGGGCCCAACUACAUCUAAGUGCUAUUUCCCGACCUCACUCUCAAGCCUGGGUUCUGACCAAAAGCCUGAUGGCUUCGGCUGCUGCCUGCGCUACAUUGCACCGACUCAUGUGGUACCUUGUGCACGUGGUCCCUGGUGGAGGCUCGGCGACUGGCCGGAUAAGUCCCUCUUCCAGGCCUGGCUUCAGGCUAGGACCUGGGACCACCACUUGGGCCUAGGUCCCUCCCUAGGACUAAUUACACUUGGGAGACCUUACGGGGACAACCGCGUCUAACAACUAAAAAAUCUUUCACGCUCAGUGGAAUGGCACCAACCACUUAGUUGGUCACCACUUGGCUGGUGGCGCUUGCUGUAGCUCUGGCGGUCCUCGUAGCAGGUGUCGGUUCAGUGGUGACGUCUGAAAAAAAGGCUGUAAAGGUCCUUUUAUGGUCAACGUUUGAGACCUUCAACGUUUGAGACCGUCAACAUAUCAGACCGUCAAGGUUUGAGGCCGACAAGGUUUGAGGCCGACAAUCUUUGACACGUCAACGUUUGAAACCAUCAACGUUUGAGGCCAUCGACGCUUGACACGUCAACUUUUGACACCAUCAAUAUUUGAGACCGUCAAUAUUUGAGACAGUCAACGUUUGAGGCUGUCAGUGUUUGAGGCUGUCAAUGUUUGACACGUCAACAUUUGAAACAAUCAACGUUUGAGACAUCAAUGUUUGACACCGUAGACGUUUGACACCGUAGACGUUCGACACCGUCGACGUUUGAGACUGUCAACGUUUGACACCAUCAAUGUUUUAGACGUCAACGUUUGAGACCGUCAACAUUUGACAGUUUGACAGUGACGUUUGACAGUGUCACAGAGACGGACGGGGCCUUGCGUCUGUAUCCUGAGCUGAUUUCAGCUGGAUGCUCAUGGAUAUGGACCACAUGGAGCAAUGCUACCGGACGUCACGGGGGCAGUGUGAAAUUAAUCGUUUAAUCGGAAAGAAAAUUGACCGAUAACCUGAAGAAUUAAAAAUUACAUUCUUCAUCAAUUUCAUUCUUUGGUAAAAUUAAAUAUAUAAAUUCCUCAUUUAUAUAUACACCUUCAUUCAGUGGUCUGCUUGCGCUGCUGGUUUUGCUUCCUCCAACUCAGAAUGACCACAAACGGUCACCAUGUUUGUCAGAACUCUCCACUGCCCCCUCGUACCAACACAUCCACCAGGAAGGUAGGACACCGGAUUUAAACUGUAGCUGUAGCUCCUUGGAUCAUUCAAACCCCUCCACCACGAUAACAUAGCGAUUCAAGGAAGGGCUCCGUCCAACAGUUUUGUUGAAUUAAAAUGAGACAUAUUACUCUUCGUAAGGAAAUAUAGUUCAAAAUAUUACAAAAACUUAGUAAUCCAGCUUCCUUCUCAACCUUCUUCUCAGUGCAGCUGGUUUUAGGAGGUGGAGUGAGACUCUUGACUCUGCUCCGCCCCUCUCUUCUCUGGGUGUGCCUUUUUUUGAAAACUGCCCUACAGCUUUACAUUGCCCAUUUCUGGGGUACAGUAACCCGAGCAUGGUGGGAAACAGAAGACCAGGGGGGCUGGAGAAGAGAGAUUCAGGAGGGCAGGUUAUGGGAAACUGCUCUACAUCUAUACUCUCACUGGGAUCCUGGAGGGAGCAUGGGAGUUUUCCAAACCAGCUCACAGGAGCUUUGUGGACUUUGAGGUAUGUUGUGGGGUGUAUCGGGUACUGGGUUUGUUGCCACAGAGGCCCUUUCUGGUCCACAGAGCCGGUACUAAGUUGGAUUUACCUGUGACAGCCGCCAUUUGUCACCAUUUAUGUCCAUAACUUACAAAAACAGAUUUUCUAGCCGAAAAGGGGCUGCCAUUUGGGGAUGAUCACAUUUGCAGACAAUGUGGUCCUAUUGGCCAUCUAUAGUUGGAACACAUUCUCCGGUCCCCCUUUUUAAAAAGAGGAACCACCACCCCGGUUUGCCACUCCAGCGGCACUGUCCAAGACAGCCCUACGACAUCCAGAGACUUGAGGUACCCAGGGUGGAUUUCAUCCAUCCCCGGUGCCCUGCCACUGAGGAGCUUACGAACCACCUCAGUGACCUCGGGCUGGGUGAUAGACGAGUACAUCCCCGAGUCCCCAGUCUCUGCUUCCUCAAUGGAAGGCAUGUUCUGGGCAUGUUAGUGGGAUUAAGGAGUAUUCCUUCCUUCCUUGGUACAUGUGAAUUGUUAUAAAUCUAACAAUUCAAUGACAUUCCAACACAUUUGCUAAGUAAAGACCAAGAAAAGAGAAUUCCUCGGAAGCUAACUAACUGGUUUUGGCUCCAAACUGAACACACAAACAUGAGACUGAAGUUUAUUUUGGUCAAAAUGCUGAACUUUUCCUUUAAGGUUUGAUUUCAGAUGUACAGAGACUCCUGGGUGAAACUGGUUCAGGGUGGAGCUGGUUCAGGGUGGAGCUGGCUGAUUGUAUCCGACUAAACUAAAGUUCUCGUCUGGUUUUCCUGCUUCCUCUUCUUCUGCAUCCUCUUUAGCUUGAAAAUAGACUUUAAUGUUGCUGUAAAACUCUCAGUCUUUUUUAAUCCUUUCUACUCUUCGCCGUCGACUCCUGAUGACUCGAUUCCUCCGUCCUUCGUAGGUCGUUUAGCUCCGGUUUGUAGCGUCCAGGUGAGUUAAUGACUUGUGAUCGUGAGCUUUGUGAACGUUGUUGUUUACAGUUAUUCAGCAGUGAUGAUGCUCUCCUCUUUGCACUGUACAUACCGUAGUUUGGUUUCAACUCAACUUAAACUCAACCAGACACGUUGGGUGUUCAAGUCCCCGUAAAUUGAACCCUUCUUUGACAUCCAGACCCCGUCAUCCGACCUGAGACCACACGCUCUACCUCUUUUUGUACAGGGGCUUCCAAAACAGGCGAACUUUGAUGCCGAAGGCUCAGACAGACGGACGUUAGAGACUUCCCAUGAAUGUAAAUCCCCCUUCCCGUAUAGGCUGAGAGUCCAGGCUUAAUGUCUCGCGGCAGCCGCUCCCUUCCGUAGAUGAGUUUUGUGAUGAACGGAGAGAUAAGAUCGUGUAUCUAUGUAACCGCAACCAUCAUAUAUAUACGAAACCAAUGUGUAUUUGGAUCCUUUGAUUUAAUUUCCCAACAUGAACGCUGCAAAAUGUUCCUGAAAAGACUGUUUCAGCUUUAUGAAGAGGGAUGGAACUAGGUUAUGUUCACGACGGGGGAGGUUACCAUGGUAACAGAGUACUCGUUUCUGCGGUAGUCCUCUCUUCCUUGGGUUUACGGCCACUUUGAACGGCAGAUGCACUACGAAGACGGUCUGGAGAUCCGUUCUCCAUGCCACUGCCAAACGGCGGCACCAGGGCUCGGCAAGUGGCUAGUGUGCCAAGUCAAGCGACAAUGUACGGACGUGUGGACAUCAUUGGCUCACACACAGGGAUGUAACAACCGUGGAUCAACAUGUGCCGCCGCCCCACCCACAGUGCAGCGAGGCUGGAUAAAGGCGGACUGACUGUGACUGAUCUGAGUCAGAAAACCCUGAGCUUCACUUAUUUCAGGUCGAACACACUCAAGAAUCCACACGAUGGUUCAGGGGAUGUUUUCAAGCCCCAACAGUCAUGCUCUGAAAGCUGUAACGGCUCCUUGGAGCAGGAUAAGACGCAAUGACUCCAUUAGAGGGCAGCUGGGACGUGGUAGAGCAGGAGAUUAGCAGGAUGCAGAAAUGAUGUGAUGAGUCACGACAACCCGGAGUCCCGUCUCCAGCUCCACCAAGCUGAGGAUGAGGGUCGGAUACUGCUGACGAGACGGAUGUUGGUUGAAUAUCACUUGGAAACACUUCUCCGUCUUCCCUGGACACGUUUUGAUGAGAAAAAAGCUUAUUAUUUCACUUAUUAGCCAAUUCAAUGCAGGGCUUUUACUUUGGAGGGACGUUUAUUUUGAAGGUUCCCAGCUGGUGGCACUUUUGUUCAAUUUCUGUCAAUUUACAAAAUCCUGGGUUGUGAAGAAAAACAGAUGUGUCCUUUUAAAGAGGACUCAAACCUCGAGGCUUGAAAACCAAAAAACUACAAAAAAAAAAACAAGAGAAAAAAGAAAAAAAGUCUGAGAAACCUCACAAAACCUGAGGUGAACACGGCAAAUAUCCAUGUUGUGUGGCAUGUGUGGAGGAGGCGAGAUGGAGGGCCCAAAUGAGGAAACAGGGGUUCGGGAAGGACAAGGAGAUCCAAAACUAGCCCAGGAUUUCAAAGGAGACAAAAUGAUUAGCCAGAAAUAAAACUAAUGAUUCCUUGUCAACGUGAUCCAGAAUUAUCACGUCAUGUUAGAGGAACAACUGGAUCUUCAACACCCCAAAUAUAUUUAGUCCCAAAGUGUCAAGCUACCACCUCAGAAAAGACAAAAUGAAGUAAUUAUCACGAUAUAACGUGAAAAUGUAUUGUAUAAACAAUAUAUUUUUCAAGUUUGAACAAUAUAUCAGGUUAUUACAAUAUACAUGUUUAUCAAGUCGUAACAAAAAACUUUUAACAUUUGUACAAUUUAUGA